UCUCUCCUUCCUCCCUCCAUCGCAUUUUGUUUUAUUUCCCCCUUCCUCCCCACCUCCUCUCGCAAGACGAGGGUUGCAGUCCGCGGUGCGCGCCUUCUCGAGCCGCCAGGAAGAUGAACAAGCUCUACAUCGGCAACCUCGGCGAGAACGUCAGCCCCCUCGACCUGGAAAGUCUCUUUAAGGACUCCAAGAUCCCAUUCUCGGGCCAGUUCCUGGUGAAGACGGGGUACGCCUUCGUGGACUGCCCCGACGAGAGCUGGGCCAUGAAGGCCAUCGAGGCACUUUCAGGUAAAGUGGAACUGCAUGGGAAACUCAUAGAAGUUGAACAUUCAGUCCCUAAAAGACAAAGGAGUCGGAAGCUUCAGAUCAGAAAUAUCCCGCCUCAUUUGCAGUGGGAGGUGUUGGACAGUUUGUUAGCUCAGUAUGGAACAGUGGAGAACUGUGAGCAAGUGAACACUGACACCGAGACUGCAGUUGUAAAUGUAACAUAUGGCAAUAAGGACCAGGCUAGACAAGCAAUAGAAAAACUGAACGGGUUUCAGCUUGAAAACUAUUCCUUGAAAGUUGCAUACAUCCCUGAUGAAAUGGCAGCCCAGCAACCUCCACAGCAACAUCCCCAGGGAAGACGUGGAUUUGGGCAGAGGGGUCCCCCAAGGCAAGGGUCACCCGGUGCAACCACAAGGCAGAAACCACAGUCGGACGUUCCUCUACGGAUGCUGGUUCCCACGCAGUUCGUAGGAGCCAUUAUUGGGAAGGAAGGAGCAACAAUCAGAAACAUUACAAAGCAGACACAGUCCAAAAUUGAUAUCCAUCGUAAAGAGAAUGCAGGUGCUGCUGAGAAACCCAUCACCAUCCACUCAACUCCUGAAGGUUGCUCAACAGCUUGUAAAAUUAUCAUGGAGAUCAUGCAAAAGGAAGCUCAAGACACUAAAUUUACAGAAGAAAUUCCCUUGAAGAUAUUGGCACAUAACAACUUUGUUGGCCGACUUAUUGGCAAAGAAGGAAGAAACCUGAAGAAAAUUGAACAGGACACGGACACUAAGAUCACAAUAUCUCCAUUGCAGGACUUGACACUCUAUAAUCCAGAAAGGACCAUUACAGUUAAAGGCAGUAUUGAAACUUGUGCCAAGGCUGAGGAAGAAAUUAUGAAGAAAAUCAGGGAGUCCUAUGAAAAUGACAUUGCUGCUAUGAAUCUUCAAGCACAUUUAAUUCCUGGAUUAAAUCUGAAUGCCUUGGGUCUGUUCCCACCUUCUUCUUCAGGAAUACCACCUCCCGCAGUGAGUGUUGCCUCCGCUGCUGCUGCUGCUUCAUAUCCACCAUUUGGGCAACAGCCCGAGUCUGAGACUGUUCAUCUGUUCAUCCCAGCCUUGGCAGUUGGAGCUAUUAUUGGCAAGCAGGGACAGCACAUCAAACAACUUUCUCGUUUCGCGGGCGCAUCCAUUAAGAUUGCUCCUGCUGAAGGACCAGAUGCCAAGCUGAGAAUGGUUAUCAUCACUGGACCUCCAGAAGCUCAGUUCAAGGCUCAAGGGAGGAUCUAUGGGAAACUUAAAGAAGAAAAUUUCUUUGGACCUAAAGAAGAAGUGAAACUUGAGGCUCAUAUAAAAGUGCCAUCCUAUGCUGCUGGUAGAGUUAUUGGAAAAGGAGGCAAAACUGUAAAUGAGCUUCAAAACUUGACAAGUGCAGAAGUUGUAGUCCCUCGUGACCAGACACCUGAUGAAAAUGACCAGGUGGUUGUGAAAAUAACUGGUCACUUCUAUGCAUGCCAGCUUGCUCAGAGAAAAAUUCAGGAAAUACUGGCUCAGGUAAGAAGGCAGCAGCAACAGCAAAAAACAUUGCAAAGCGGACAGCCUCAGCCAAGACGGAAAUAAAGGUUUAGGAAACGGCCCAGCAGAGACAGAUGCCAGACCAAAGACAGACUGUGCGACAAAGAGACGGGUGGUGAGCACCUGUCGAAGUUAUAUGCAGAAGAUCCACCAAGCCAAUCACCUGUUCGAGGACCAGGCAACCGUUGAACGCUGUCUCUGAGAAUGUAUUCUUUAGGCUCUCUCAAACUUUUGAAACCCAGCUUUAAAAUAAGGACCCCUUCACUUCCCUUUUGUUCUAUUCUCACAACUUAACAUAAACUCGUUAGUCUUUUUUAUUCUUCUUAUUAUUCCCCAACAAUUUUAGAACUUGGUUUAAUGAAGCUUUCUCUUCUGAGUU